AUGUACGAGCAGGCAGAGCCUGUCCGGUUGCCUGUGUCCGGCCCCGGCAGCCGCCAAACCAGCGGGCCGCCGCCCCAACCCCGUCCCGUCCGUCAGAGUGGUUCUCGCGGGUGUGUUCGCCACGGCAAAGGCGCUUCUGACAAGCAGCGGGAAGACCAGGACACGUCUUCACACACGUAUGAAGACGCCGAGGCGGUGAAAGGUUACGCAACGUCUGCAGACCGCGCGUAUCCGGGUGGAGCGAGCGGCCGCCGUGGUGUCUGUAGCUUCCUCCGCGCCCGCCGCAGCUGCCUAGCCGCCGGCAUCGCCGUGCUACUGAGCCUAUGCGCCGUGGGACUCGCCCCUCUGACGUUCAGCACCAAACAGGAAAUAUCUCAAUUGUCGACAACUGUGAAACGCGUCCAAGACGAAAUACGCCAACGGGCCGCCACUGUUGACGCCUUGAAACGCGACCUAGACGCCUUGAAGCGCGACCAAGACGCCUUGAAAUGCUACCAAGACGCCUUGAAGCGCGACCUGGACAACGAGCGCAACCGGGCCGCCACCAUUGAGCCGCGUCUUCACGCAAUUGGGAAGACUUUACCAUCUUGUCCCGAAGGUUACACAAUGUGGCGUGGAAUCUGCUACAAGGCAUUCGACACACGCAAGCCCUUCAGCGAAGCGGCCGCGGCCUGUCGCGAAGACGGCGGCACCCUCGCCAUGCCUCGAGACGCUGACACCAACACCUUCCUGGUCUCCCUGUACAAGGCUGUGCCCAACAAUGAGCGCUUCUGGAUCGGCCUGCACGAUCAGCGCGAAGAGGGAAGGUUUGAGUGGAUUGACGGUUCUGCACUUGGGUCGUACAACGCCUGGGGUUCGGGACAACCGGACAACGCUUUCGGCAAGCAACAUUGCGUCCUUUACUCCAAUUACAAAUGGCUGAAAGACAAGUGGGCCGACGCAUUGUGCUACAAGCUGUAUUACUUCAUAUGCCAGGCUGCUCCAGGAUGUCCAUAGGCGACAGGCGGGAGUCUCACCACUACUGUGCAGCGGCUCUCCGACCAUCCGCAGUCAAACCAACAAAGUAAAACUUAAGACCGGCAAUUAUAGCAGUGGUUUAGAUCUUUUUUUUUCAAAUGCUCACUACAAGUUUAUCAUUCUACACAGUAGAAAUGCUGUAUGGAAUGAAGUAGUACUGUACCAAGGUAGUCACGCUUGCUUCCACACGA